AUGAGUGAAUUGGAUCCUAUAAUUACUGAGAAACGUAAGGACUAUAACGAUGACAACCAGAAUAAUUUAAAUGAUUUUAAAGCUGUGAAUAAAAAUGCGUAUAAGAAACCUUUACUAGAUUAUAUGAUGGACUUUACCAAAAACAAUUAUGAUUUUACUGAUGUACAAUUAGAGGAUGAUAUAAAUUUAGUAAUUAUCGCUUCUUUUGAUACAACAUCAAAAACCAUUAGCAUGGUUCUUCUGCUUUUGGCUUUAUACAAAGACGAUCAGAAAAAAGUUUGCGAGGAAUUAUUUCAAGUGCUUGGUAACCGAGACAAAAUUGAUUUUGAUGAUUUACCAAAGUUAAAAUACAUGGAAAUGGUAAUUAAAGAAACAAUGCGAUUAUUUCCUGUUAUACCACUAAUCGCAAGGGAAUUAACAGAGGAUAUUAAUAUAGAGAAUUAUCGACUACCAAAAGGAGCAAAUAUUAUGAUACCAAUAUUUUGUGUGCAUCGAAAUAAGCAUUAUUGGGCUGAUCCAUUAAAAUUUGAUCCAAAUCGUUUUUCACCUGAAAAUAUACAAAACCAGCAUCCUUAUGCAUUCAUACCGUUUAGUGCUGGUCCUAGAAAUUGUAUUGGGGCCCGAUAUGCAUGGAUUUUUAUGAAACAAGCAUUAGCUACACUAUUGAGCCGGUAUGAAUUUCAUACAAAUUUAAAAAGCAUGAAUGAAAUAAGAUUUGAGUUUCAAAUAAGUCUAACAAUUAUAGAUGGAUAUCAACUGAAAAUUACACCAAGGUCAAAGAGGAACAAUUGA